AUGGUACGUGCGUAUUGCUCUUAUACCAAUGCCCCAGUAUUAUGUCUACCACUGUUAUUUAGAAACAAGACAUCUCCCUAUAUUGCGGUGACAUCAACACUUGUAGGUAGCUGGCAUCUCAUAAGAGUCAUGUUGAUGCGUUUGGUCACUAUGGUAGCUGCGUGUGCAGUGGUUAAAGGGCAAGCUACAGGGACAUGCCCUAGCGUAGUAGGUUUUCCCAAGAAUGGUGGGGGAGAGGUGAAGUCGUUGCCUGACACUGGUGGAAAUUGGGCAAACCUUAUGACUGAUAAUGUUUUCCCGUGUAAUGGUGUCGUGAAAUCAUGGACAUAUUAUAGGAACGACCCUAAAGAUGCAGCAUUUGUGUCUGUAUGGAGAAUCGUACAAAAUGGCGUAUUUAAGCUUAUCUUUAAAACAGAAUUGCCAGCAACUACCGUUGGAAAGCAUACAGUUCCCGUCAGUCCUGAGGCGCCCGUACAGAAGGGAGACUUUAUAGGAAUCCAUUUCUCGAGGAGUGCUUCUAAAUGUGGAGUGGCAAAUGCUAAUUUGUAUAAGGGAGAAAAUCCUGAACUAUUAUUAGAAGAUUAUUUCUUUACGUUUAACGGAGGGUACUUUGACGACCAAUUUACAGUUGGUGCGGAGUUUAACUUUGCCCCAAAUAAUCAGAUGAAUUACGUGAAGAGAACAUAUGCAAUUCAAGCUGAAUUUGAAGGAGAUGAUGCAACUGCAAGUCAAGGUCCUAUAUUUGACAAUGCAAAAUGUCAAGCCCUUGAUACUGUCCCUGUAAACGCGCUUAUGAAGGAGUUACCACAAAGCGGGGAUAACUGGGGAAACCUACAGGUAGGAGAUAUCUUUCCGUGUGAUGGUGUGGUUACUGGAUAUGAAUACUACCGCCAUCCUGGCUCAAAGGGUACUGCAUACGUUGGCAUUUGGGAAUUUAGCGGUCCAGAAAAAUACGAAUAUACUCUUAAGCACAAAACUGCCUUACCAUGGGACGCUUCACAAGGAGAUCAAGGAGGACUUGUCACAGUUUCGAUACCGCAAGAGGCUUAUCUCAGGGUGAAUCAAAUGAAUGUUUUGGGAGUGUUCUACUCAAAAGAUGAUCCCGUCGGUGUCAUAUCGAAUGCAAAUCCUUGGCAAGCUGCAACGGAUAACAUACCUUAUACAACGAUGUAUGACACCCUCAAUAUCAAAUCGUACGAUGAAGAUUUCCAAGUAGGAGGAACGUAUAAUUGGGAUCAACCUUCCUUAUGGAUCGUGCCUAGGCUCUAUGCACUUAGAGCUUUAUUUCAAGAUAGACCACCACAUUUUGAUCUGCCCCCACUAGGUGAUGACGCCGGACUAGGCGACGACAUUCCAAUACCACAAUGUGGUCCCGACGUGGUAUUUGCGGUAGAUAACAGCUACAGUGUAAAGCGAGAAGUAUUAAAAGACGUGACAUCGUUAAUGGCAAACAUAGUCAACCAGUUCGAAGUUGGUCCCGGUCAGACAGAAGCGCAGUUUGCAGCACUGGUAUUCGACAAGACCGUCAAAGACCAGUUUUACUUAAAUACUAACAACACAAAAGAUGGAGUCUUGGACAAUAUUGCUGGCUUAUUUAUGGAGUUAGACGGGAGGAAAACAAGAACAGAUAAAGCUCUUAAGCAAAUCUCCGAGGAGUACUUGGAUAAAAAUGGAGAUCGGCCUAACAAUAAGAAUAUUGUUUGUAUCAUAACCGAUGGUGUGACGCAUCCAAAACGUUUUAAGCCAAAAGCUGUGGCACUAGCCAGGAAACUUGAGGGACAUCCCUACAAUGCAGAUGUCAUUGUAGUUGGCUUACCCCACAAGCGAGCUAAAGACCCUGGGACCCACUGGAAUGAUCUUGCUACCGACCCCGAUGCGGAACACACGUUCCUACCACCUCUUUAUCAAGUUGCUGAUUUAAGCCUCGCCAAAGCCAUAGCAUCAAAAAUAGGCACAUUUGCUUGUAAUCAAAAAUGAAAAAAUAAAUGUUUCGAAUACUGUAUGGAAAUGU